AAGGGCGAGGAAAAGUAAAGCAAGGCAAGGCAAGGGAAAAAACGAAAAAACAAUGCAUUUCCGAUAUCUUGCACCUCAGAGCCGAUGGGAUGUCCACCCCUCAUUCAAUCUACUGCUCAAAGAUAGCGACAUACUCGACAGAACCAGUAACCACCAAGUUCCUCAUUCGGACAGCGUGUAACGCAGCAGCAUGUGCAACUGCAUCGUCCUCGUCCCCGUCUUCGUCGAAUGUUACACAAUCGUCCGUGUGUGUUUUGUGCACGCUUUGUUACUGGAAAUGUGGGAACGCGGGUUGGGGGGAGGGAGGGUUACGGCGACACGCUGUGCGCCAGUCGUGUUCCGCUCGUCGAUUCCAAAUCAUGGAGAGCCGGGCGGGUUUGGUUUGUGUGCGACUGAGGGGGUUGGGUUCGUUGAACAAGGCAAUACGGGGUACGAAGUUGUGCUUUGGACUUUGGUUCACUGACAAAUACUGAGAGGAGCACACCCGACAUAUUUGCAUCAGUAACACGCGGAAGCAGAAGAUGACAGCAGUUUGGAGAUAUGUUGAAUUUGUCUGAGAUAAUAUGAAAACGGGGAGUCGGGCCGAGUAUCAAAACAAAAGGUAUUUACUUCCAAUCUCCGGAUACAAAAAGAAGAUCUGGGAGCGAGACAAGAGUGGGAAAGUUUCGGCUCUCUAUAGCUGCUUUUUAUUUCCUUCCCCCAUCCACCGUGGAUUUCAUCAUCAG